AUGGAUAUAAGGUGGAAACAGCCAGUUGAUCAGGAUUUAUAUUACCUUAAAAAAAAAAGAAAGAAAGAAACCUCUCAGCCGCAAGUUGGAUGCAUCUGGCAGCAAUACAAAGCUAGCACCACCCAGGCAGGGAGUGUAUUUGCUUCUUCGCUCACUUCUGGCAGUGAAGAGGAAUGCUGGACAUUGAGAGACAACAGGAAGCUUGCCCAAGGCAUUGCCAGGCUGCUCCCCUGCCCCACACCUUGGGGCUCCUCUAUCUGGAACACACAGAUGUCAGAAACUGAGCUGGAGAAGAUAAAAGUAAGAACAGCUGAGCAUAUUGAAAAUGAUAAAAAUAACAUUUCUUGGUUGAAAGAAGAUACGCAACUCACAAAUGAAAAGCAUGCAGACGAGAAACCCAUUAAUGCUAUCGUUAUAAAUUCAGUAUCUGAAUUCAAUAUCACAGAUGGACCAGCCAAGGAAACCCCCAGUGAGAAAAAACUGUCAGAAUCCUCAGAAUCCAGCACAUCACUGUCCUCCCUUGAAGAAUGCCAAACGAAAUUUUCCUACCUCCAAACUGAUACUUCAGUUCAUCAGAGAGACACUGAUGAUGAGUGUGCCUCCCUUAUCCUCACCUGUCUGUUUUGCCAGUUCUGGGACUGUCUCCUGAUGCUCCCCGACAUAUGUGAAACAGUAUGCACCAACGUGUGCUGCCCCUCUUACAGAUACCACCACACCGCAGAUGAAGGUCACUCCCGCAAUGACUGCAAUUGCAACUGUGACAUGGACUGCAGCCUUUUUGAAUCUUGCCAUGAGACCAGCGAGUGUCUGGAGCUGGCCAUGGAGAUAUCAGAGAUCUGUUACCGCUAGUGUAAGGAAGCCGCCAUGUUCCUGGAGAAACCACAUUACAAUAAGAGUGUGAUUUCCAUGUGCUGAAAUGUAAGGAGUGCACAGUUCUUGGAUGCCGUAGAGCAUUUUAUUCCUGUUUGGGAAAGCUAAGUAUUAUCAACUCAGUGGUCUUAUUCCAAAUUUCACCACUGCAUGGCUAGCUGCAAAAUACGAUCUUGAUCACAUACCUAAAUGCUCUAAGUACAGGAUGUUUCUUGACUAUAAAAUAGCAUGUGAAACUACUUAUUGCACUCAUGGUUUGCAUCAUGGAUUCAACUUCAUUCACAAAUCCAGGACAAAUUAGUGCAUUCUUUUAGAAAUGACAUAUAUUAGCUUGCCUUUCCAAUGGACUCAUGCAUAAACAUUAUGCAUUGUUGGUUAUUAUUAAUAAUGUAUUGUAUAACAUCACUUUGUAAUUAAAAAUUUAUUUAUACAGUCUCUUAAAAUUCACUUAUAUGUACAGUUUAGGUAGGAAAGGGAAUUAAAUGAAUUAGAAACCAUGUUCCUGUAAUUACAACAGAUGUCUCUAAGACAUCUCCAGUGAAUAUUGAAUAUGAUGUACUCCGAGACAGUACUGUAAUUCUGGACCAUAUUAUUAUAUAUCUAUGACUAUGUCAUAACAGGUUAUGCAUAUUCUUAAUUUGUUACAGUAAGGCCUUUCUUUAUUCUAAAAAGCACAAAUGGGAAUUAUGUGCAAAUUUCAAGAAAAUGAGCCCGGGUAAUCAAUUCGUCAUUUUCUUCACUUCUGUUUGUCAAGUAGAAUAAGUAACAGGAUAGUAAAA